CUCCCAAUUCCCGCCUCCUCCCCGAAUUCACAAAAAAACACAAAACCAAACCAUCCACUCUCUCUCUCUGUGUCGUGUCUUUCCCUCGCUCGCGGCUGCAAUCAAAAAGCGCCCAAUUCCUUUCCCUUUACAAACUGCAAUCAGUUCGCCUCUCUUCCCUCUCAAUCCCUUUCAAAAAUGUCUGCAAUAUCCCCCCAUACCCAAACUCAUCUCCUUUGAAGAUCUCCACUAAACCCAAUCCCCACCCUCUUGCAAUCCCUCCAUCCUCGCAGCCCCUACAGCCUCCCUUUCGCCCCAAGAUCGGUUUUUUUUUUAAUCUCGGGUCGUCAGCGUUCCAAGCUCUCGCGUCUCGGUUGCGGGGGCAUUCGUCAAUUUUUCGAAAGGGAGUUUCGGGUGAGGAGUUGGGUUUUUCUUGUUUCUGUAGUUUGGUGAGUUAGGGUUCGUUUCUCUGGGCGCAUAUUUGAGUUCUUGGCUGUUUGGAUUUCGGGAUCUUUGCCGGGGAGCUCGAUCCUUUCUUUUUUUUUUCUGAUGUCUGGGGACAGUUACAGCUCCAAGGGCCGGAAUGUGCUCGGUGACGUGACGAAUCGGCCCCUGAAGAGGGGUUCUUCUGUCAUUCUCGAUGAUGCCGACUCGAAGUCGCGAGAUGUUAAGGGUAUGAGUAGGGCUGUAGAGGACGGGGACUCCGAGUUCGCGAAUCGUGUUUGCUCCGGAGUUGAGAACUUGCUCAGGGAGAAGCUUAUGGGCAAAGACAGAGAAGUUGGAGUUGAAAAGAUUGUUUCUUUCUUGAAGGGAAGGGGGGAUCUCGAUGUCUCUUCUACGAGGUGUAGGGCUCAGAUGACCCAGGAUGAUCCGCCCCCUAGCGUUUCUGAGCCUACUCACAGUCCCGAAGGCCUUGACACCAGCAUGCUUGAUAAUGUUGUACCAGUGGGUGAUGAUGAGUGCAGGGAGGAGAGGGUCACUCCAGUGGCGAGUCUGGUGACAGAAAAUCUGGUUCCAGGAGGAUCUGUUGCUGAUGCUUCCAGGGAGGCUGAUAAGGAUCUCAGAGCCGGGAAGCUCGCUUCAAACAAAUUUGGGUCCACAGAGUGGUCGAGGCUGCCUGUCAACUCACAGGGUGGGUCCUUCGAAUUGGAAAGAUGCAAACUUCUCAAGGAUUCUGAUGCCCGUAAUGUUUGCCAGGGCAAUGACCCGCUUAGCGGUUGUUCCUGUUCUUUCUGCUUGAAAGCUGCUUAUAUUUGGUCGGACCUUCAUUACCAGGACAUCAAGGGUCGAAUAGCCGCCCUGAGGAAGAGUCAGAAAGAAGCGAGCGCUUUGGUCCACAAAUUUGGAAAGGGGAAGGAUAUUGACGCCAUUGUUUCCCGUAACACAAGCAAGCCUUCAGAGUUGGAGUCCAAUCUCUUUAACCAGUGGAAGUCACUCUUCCUCCACAUGGAGGGUGUUCUCUCUCACGAAGGCAAUCAGCUUGUCAGUAAAAAAACACAGUUCUUCCCUUGGUUCAUCUUUACUUUUUGCCUUCUCUCUGCAAACCAACUACAUUGCCCUGAAAGACUUGAGAGAGAACUGCAAAAUGGACCUCGAGGCGAUCAAUAGGAUGCCCUUGAACAAAGAUUAGCGGGCUUCAUGAUUCUCCUGGUGAUAAUAAGAGCAUUUGACUUUAGUUUUCUCUUUUCCUUUUCUUCUGUUUUCUUGGUCCCAUCAGGGGCUUCUGUAAUUGCAAGCAUUAAUAGGGAAAGUCGUAGAGAGCCGUUGUUGCCUCUGUACUUCAACUGUUGUUCAUAUGAUUUCUUGUACUGUUGAAUUCGUUUGCCAUGCUUUUAACCUAGAUAAUUACAUAUUAGAUCCUUUGACUCAAAUUAGUUUCAUGGAUAUCUGCUCGUGUUCCCUUUCUUCAAGAGAAUUGUAAUGGCAAGUUUUAAGAAA